AUGGCCAACUUGGUGUCUGCUAUGGAGCCCACAUCACCUGAGGUGAUGCGGGCAGUCAAGGCGUGGCAAGCUCUCCGUUGCUGUGGCCGUGGAAUGCAAUUUCACGGGGAUGCCUACCACGAGAGCCGCCAGGCUCUUAAGAUCAAGCACUUCUGGAGUCAUAGCUGGCAAGGGAACCGGCGAAGUAAGAUCUUAACCCUGCUCUUUCUAUACAACCAUGAGGUCGCCGUGAUGUUCGCCACCUUGGGGGCUCUUCUAGUUUCAGGCCUCUUUGCGGCAAAGCUGCUGCCAGGUCCCAAUUGGGAGAAGCACAGGGACGUAUGGUCUACUCCUCGCGGAUACUGGGCCAUGCUCGUCGGGCCUGUGAUGUACUGUGCGUUCUUGCUGUUUUGGCGGCCACAGCAGCAAAUCUUUUUGGAUGUCAUGUGCAUCAAUCAAAAGGAUUCCGAACAAAAAUUUCACGGACUGUUGAGCAUGGGCGCCUUCUUGAAGUAUUCCGACUCUUUGCUAGUUUUGUGGGAUCCAUCCUAUACGCACCGGUUGUGGUGUGUAUUUGAGCUGGCCGCGUUUCUGCAUAGCCACCCAGCAGAGAGGAAGCCGCAACUUCUUGUGCGGCCUCUGAUUUUGGGUCCAUGCUCCGUCUUUUUAACACUGACCAUGGUGGUGGUGGUCAGUGCUUUGACGUGGAUACCAGAACAGUACAAUGGUACCAACCCCCAAUAUCUCGUAAUCUUGUGGGUAAGUCAAGCCUUCAUGCUGCUGGUCGCAUUGGCUGGGAUCAUUUCCGUCACGCGGCGCUACUUCCGGGCCGUCGACAACUUGCGGAUGGAGUUGAGGGCGUUUUCGAUUGAACAGACGGAGUGCGACUGCUGCAAAAGAAACCAUGUCGAUCCUCAAGGAAAUCCAAUUCCGAUUUGUGAUCGGCAAGUGCUGCUGCGAUGCAUCACCACUUGGUUUGGCAGCCUCGAAGCCUUUGAGAAGAUGGUCCAAACAGAUGUCCUGAAAUACCUUUUGGAGGAUCUAUCCUCAAAGUUCUUCACCUACCGACAUUGUGUUGCUGCUACAAUCCCGUUCCUGUGGGCCGGCCUGGACGCAUCAGCAGGUCAUGUGCAUUACCUGGACAUUUACCCCACCAUAGAAAUGGAAUUGCCGAGUAAGAAAUGGCGAUUUUCUCUUGACACCGCUCUUCGAAUAGCUGGCUGGUGGCUGGGGCUUGUGCCUGUUGUCUUUCUGUUUGCUCUUCGACUGUCCUGCGCUUUUCGGCAAAACUGCGGAAGAGUGGGCGAUGUCUUGGUGACCGCAUUCAUUUUGCUGUGCACGGUGGCUUUUGCCAUGGCCUUUGUGCUGUUGGAGCAGCAGAAAUGGACGUUUGAGCUCUGGGCACGAACUGAAUUGGAGGUCGAACUCGUGGAUCUCAGAGAGGCCCUUUUCCUCCUCAUUUCCCUGCUGCUUGCAGGGCUGGCAUUCGGUUGCAUUGGCACAUACCCACGGAGUUUCAGCUCGGUGGAGGUCCAGCAGCCCAGGGAUCCAAGGGCGGAAGAACUGGAGCCUGCAGCCGGCUUGGACGAGCACCGCUUGACCCAAGACUUUCAGUUCAAGCGCAACACGCACACCAGUGAUGCCAUCGAGCGAAUCCGCUGUCAGUUGAUGAAGCUGCGUGCGCGGAUGGAAGGACGACGAGAGUCGGAUUCUGAUUUCAGUGAUGGGGAGAUGUUCCCCGAAAGUCCCCGGAAAUGCUGGGACGUGAUCGUGGGCGAGGAGACGUGUGAAGAUGGAGACGUGAACGUGGAAAAAGACCCGGGGCUCAAGGAAGACCUGGAGAGUGGCAAGGAGGAUUUCAACUUGGAAGAUGCUGAGGUGCAGGUGGUGAUGCUGACGGUGAAAGCCAUGGCGGAAGUGGCCAUCGUGCAAGCGGUGACGGUGUUUUUGGUCCGGGCCUUCCUGGGCAACUCCUUCAGCGACUUCGUCAAUGCCAUGCAUAUCACCAUCCAGGAACGGCAUAUUAAAGACUACCUGCAACACAUCGCGGCGCUUGGCGAAGAGAAACUGGGCACUGCUUUCAACACGGUGUGGUCCAUCAUUUGA